AUACUGUAUAUAGGCGGCGGCAGGCGCGCUUUACCGCCCCCGGACAGAAAUAUCUGUGGACAUGUUGGACUCGCCCCGCACCGACGAACGAGACGAAUAAACCCACACGCCCACCACAUCCACACACACCCGAGCGAAAACAACAGCGAGCGAAAGAAAAGCGAGCGGCUUUCUUAUCCGGUUCUUCGCCUCGCCGUGCGCGCGCUCUCCGGGAACGGGAACCGGGGGAUCUGUUGUUCUAGCGAGCACCCUGCAAGCGUCAUGGGCAGCGAGUGCAAGGACCACCUUCAGCUUCACGCCGCCGGCUACGGCGUCGGCGUCGCCAGCCCGCAGGAGGAGGAGGAGGAGGAGCAGGCGGGCGCCAUCGCACCGUUCGUGGCGAAGACGUUCCACAUGGUGAGCGACCCGGCCACGGACGCCGUCGUGCGCUGGGGCGGCGCCAGCAACACCUUCCUCGUCCUCGACCCGGCCACCUUCUCCGACUACCUGCUGCCCUCCUACUUCAAGCACCGCAACUUCGCCAGCUUCGUCCGGCAGCUCAACACCUACGGGUUCAGGAAGGUGGACACGGACCGGUGGGAGUUCGCGCACGAGUCGUUCCUCCGGGGCCAGGCGCACCUGCUGCCGCUGGUCGUGCGCAAGAAGAAGAAGAAGAAGGCGGCCGGCGGCUGCCGGGAGCAGCUGUGCGAGGAGGGGGAGGAGGUGCGCGGGACCAUCCGGGCCGUGCAGCGCCUGCGGGAUCAGCAGCGCGGGAUGGAGGAGGAGCUGCAGGCCAUGGACCGCCGCCUGCGCGCCGCCGAGAGCCGCCCGGGCCAGAUGAUGGCGUUCCUCGCCAAGCUCGCGGACGAACCGGGCGUCGUGCUGCGCGCUAUGCUCGCCAAGAAGGAGGAGCUGGCCCUGGCCGGUAAGGGGUCGACGACGCCGGCGCCCGGCAAAAGGCGGCGGAUCGGGGCCGAGGCCGGCGUGGGCGACGUCGCGGACAUGGCGCAGAGCAGGGGCGCCGUGCCGUUCCCGUUCUCUGUUCUCGGCCAAGUGUUCUACUAGGGUAGAUAGGGACAGGUCCGUGUAGUGGUGUAUAUAUGACUUGUAGCAUAGCUUCCGUUUGAUCAGCUACUGCCUACUAUAGUGCUACUAUGUAAACGGUGAAUAGUUUGUUUGCAGAAAAUUUAAGUGUGUCGAUUAUCCGUUUGGGCGCUUCGCAGCCGCGCAGCGCUCUUAACAGCACCUUCUUCGUCUUCGUCUCCGUGUCGCUGACACGAGGAGAUGGAGCUGCGUGGGGCUGGCCGUGAUGGACUCGAUAUACUUUGCGUACUAGUUGAUGUUAGGUACAAAUUUCAAAAAUUAAAAUAGUAGCUUGAGUAAUGA